GCAAACAUCUGGCUGAAAUGGUUGGGGUAGUAUGGGUUGGCUUCAAGCCGUUCUAAUUUAAUGUUAGGUACAAUAUAUUUUUUUUUGUGAAAUUGCUAGCUGCUUGAGCUGGUUCAAAACCAUUAUUUAAGUGACCUGAUUUCGCUACCUCAAUGCGGCGUGUCCCGGCGAGCCCCACUGCCGCGGCGCCCGGGCCCCUCCCGUCCUCCCGGUGCCGGCCGCUCUGAGAGGCCGCUAUGGCCGAGGCCGCGGAGCUGCGCCACCUGGUGGCCGCCCGGCCGGCCGCCUCCGUGCUCAGCGGCAGCGCCACAGUCGACCUGUUCGCCGGGAUGCGGCGCGCCGGAGGAGGACUGGACACGGACACGUUCGGCGCGGCGGCGCGCUGGCGGGCCGGAGACGAGGCGGCCCGCCAGCUGAGCGAGACACUGGCCAAAGCCAGCCUGUCCGACUCUGUCAGCACCAGUAACGGCUGUCUGGGCGGCGGCGGCGGCUGGGGCUCGGCCGGCGCCGGCUCGGCGGGCGCCGCGCUCGACACCCUGGCGCUGCUGGGCUCCCUGGGACUGACGGACACCACCAGCUCCGGCGGCGGCGGCUGGCCGGAGCGGCCCACCGGCACCGGCUCGGCGCCGCCCGCCUUCGACGCCCAGUCUGAGUGCGUGCUGAACGCGGCCGCUCAGCUGAUGCGCUCCUCCGAACAGCAGAUAUCGCGGCACAGCAGCGACUCGGGUCACAGCAGCGGCACCAGGGACGCCUGUCUGAUGGGCAUGCUCUUCUGCAGCACCUGUGACGAUACCUCCAUCUCGGCCACACACCAGUGUGUCGAGUGCAACGACUUCCUCUGCUACAACUGCGCGUGUGCCCACCGGCGUGUGCGGGUCACACGCUCCCACACGGUUCUCCCAGUGAACGCCCGUCCCACCGGUAACUGCCCGCUCCACCAGGCAGUCUUCACCAUGAUCUGUAACACCUGCGAACUGCCACUCUGCUACACCUGCGCGCUGGAUCACUCGGAACACAGCCUAGAUACGGUGGACGGCGCCGCGGCCAUGGCGCAGCAGCGCACCCGCUCCACGCAGCAGGACGCGCAGGCGUUCCUGGCGGCGCUGGCCGAGGCGCGCCACCGCACCGUAUCCAUGGCAGAGCUGGUGCGGGAGAGAUCAGCGCGCGCUCAGCUGGACGCCGCGGCUGCCGGGGAUAAGCUACGCGCCGCGCUGGCCGCUUGGCAGACGCGACUGGAGAAGAAGGCGGCGGCCGUGUGCCAGCUGAAGGUGUCGCGGCUCCACCAGCAGGCUGAACAGCUGGAUCAGCUGCGCGGCAGGGUGCUGGCUCUCCUCGACCAGUUGGCCAGCGGCUCGGGCGCCGACGGUGACGCCGAGUGGAUGGUGCGGGGUCUGACGGCCGACCACCAGCUGCGACUGAUGAUCGGGCAGGCCCAGCUGACGCCGACGGAGGACGCGGCCGUGAGGUUCGUGUCCCCACCCGGUGGCGCCGCUGUCGAGUCGCUGCUGCGCGCCGCCGGAACCGUCGAGACGGCCGGCUGCGGCGCGCAGAGUCUGCUCAUGGAGAGUGCAGCAGUGCCGGUGGUCGGGCGGCCCUACCAGCUGGUGGUGCAGGUGCGAGACCACUACGGCGACGACCGCCGCUCGGGAGAUGACCGCGUGCAGGCGCGCGUGGUGACGCCCGACCGGCGCAUGCUGAGCUGUGACGUGGAGCACCUAGCCGGCGGCCGGUACCGCGCGGCGUUCGUAGCACGCACCGCUGGGGAGCACACCUUCAGUAUCACCGUGAACGGCACCCAUCUGACGCACAGCCCGUGGACACGGCGUGCCGUCUCCCCGCGCCGGCUCUCCUCCCUGGGCCCGGUGCGGCUGACGGUCGGCUCGGAGGGAACCGAGCCCGGUCAGCUGUGCCGCCCCUGGGGCGUGGCGUUUGGCGGUGACGGCCGGAUCGUGGUGUCGGACCGCAGCAACCACCGCGUCCAGGUGUUCUCCGCCGACGGCCGGCUGCUGCUCGCCUUUGGAGGACCCGGAUCGAAGAACGGGGAGCUGAACAGACCGGCCGGCGUGGCUGUCGACUCGAUUGAGCGUAUCGUGGUCGCGGACAAGGAUAACCACCGCAUCUGUGUGUUCAGCGCCAACGGCGAGUUUCUGCUCAAGUUUGGCGAGAAGGGUAACCGGCUGGGGAUGUUCAACUACCCGUGGGACGUGGCGUGCAACAGCCUGGACCAGAUCGCCGUCACCGAUACGCGCAACCACCGUGUGCAGCUCUUCUCGCCCGACGGAAUGCUUCUGAAGAAAUUCACACAGGACGGCACUGAGUGGAAGGAGCUGGACUCUCCGCGCGGCCUAACGUUCCACCCGGACGGCAAGCUCUACAUCACAGACUUCAACAACCACAGGAUCGUAGUGCUGGACCCGGACACGGGCAAGAUGACCUACCUGUGCCGCGAGGGCUCCGAGCCCGGCCGACUCCUGCGACCUCAGGGUAUUGCCGCCGACGACGAGGGCCGUCUGUACGUUGCGGACUGCCGCAACUCACGCGUCCAGGUGCUGACGCCACACGGCGAGUUCUUGAUGAAGCUCGGUGAGCACGGCAGUCGGCCCGGUCAGUUUGACCAGCCGCAGGGCGUGGCGAUCGGACCGAGCGGCCAGCUGGCUGUGGUCUGCCUGGAGAACCACCGCGUGCAGCUCUUCUGAGGGGGCGGCCCGUCGGGCGGUCCCCUACAGGCCAGUGAGGUGCUGGGGAGCGGGUAGAGCCGCGGAGAGGGAGAGCAGAGACUGAGGACUGAGUAGAGAGAGAGAGAGAGAGAUGACUUUGGAAGUUCAGUGGUGACGAACUUGGACUAUGACUGAAUGAUUCAGGUCUACAGUAGUCGAGACGGGCUGAGGCUGGUGGCCUGGUUAUUGGGAGAGGACACUGGACUGGUUUAUCGGGCAGCGUAUGUCCGCUACAAACGGCAGGGUAUCUACCUCGUCACGCGCACCGUCGCGGAACGAUCAGGGACUUUUUGGGCGACCGGGGACGGUUAAAUAGGCCGUCUCCGGCCGCCCGCGUGUUCAAACAUAUGUACCUUUAUUUGUACGGGUAACAGUUACGUGUGUUUCGGGGACGGGGUGCACGCCGCCCCGACCCCUCGGGUACAACGCCCUAAUGGGCCAACGACUUCUCAGGAAUGAAGACAGGGUCGAUGUGCGUAUUCUAUCGCCUUGAUUGUACAUAGAUGUAAUUGCGCGCGGCUGGGCGGCUGCAUAUGUAUUUAGCAGCUCGUCCAACGUCGUGUGUUGCUUGCCAGGCGCUGUCGCGCUCGCGUGAAGCGGGCUCCGCGGGGCGGCGCCCUGUACAAAGUAGGGUUUCAGGCUGGUGCUGUUCAGACGGCACCUCUCAGGGUUGCAGGCUCAGGUUCAAUCUGGGCGCGCCAGUGGCGCCGGCGGUGCGCGGUUCCUCACGUUACCGAUACGGGUACCUUGGUCGACAAGUAAACAGCGCUACGCACCGGUAGAGGCCGCAGCCGCGCGCGCGCGCCACCUCAGCCGUCUCUGAGACGGGGAGGGCGCCGCCCGGCAGCGCGGCUCGAGUUCCUGUAUCGCGUGGCCGGCUCGGCAGGGCCGAUGACGCGUCACGGAGCCGAGGGCACAGCUGCCCGCUCCCGGUCGGCGCGUCACGCUGCCGGGUAGCCGUCAGACGGAAUCGCGCCAACUCCGUCAGACGGAAGUGUACAGGGUUUGAGCUGUCAGACGGGUGGAGCGCGCCGGCGGCGUGUCGGGGCUCUCCGACAACAUUGAGAGACGUGAGAGCGCUUUUGACAGUUUUUCUUCUAUCCUCUGUACACUAUUAGGGAGUUAGGUUGACUGGCGUGGUACGGUUUGUGACUAGGAAGCCACGACAGUUGCGUAGGACGGCAUUUCGGUCGGUGCUGGCCGUAUGCCGCCGUGCACAUACGUACUAUGUAGCCAGGAGCUGGAAUCGACGCGCAGGUUUUGUGACUAUAACGGGGUGUGCGGGUGCAUCGUACCGAUGAGAGCUGUGUGAGACGGGGCGGACGGCGGCCGUCGCGCUGCGGGUCGGGUGUUCGGGUGUAUCGUGCUGUUCGGAGCUGUGCGGAGCGGGAGCGGGCGGCGGCCGGUGCCUCUGCUGCGACCCGGCCGCCCCCUCCCGGCUCCUGGCGGGUAUGCUGCGUGAGGGCCGGCGAACGACUACGGGUUCCUGAGAAUGGUUCGGGUGUGCCUGGCGGGGCGAGCUGGGGUGUGGGGGCGGGCGAGGCUGCCGCAGUCCCCGUCCCUGCCGCCGGCCGCCGGCGCGGGCGGGUCGAUUUUCUGAUCACGGGUCUGCUGGUAAGAUUUUAGCUAUACGCGUGCGAGCGGUUUUACGUGCGUAAUCUUGUCUCUGUAGGGCGCUGCCGCCUGUGGUGCUGCUGACGAGGGAGCCGCGGGGCCUCAGGCCCGCCGGCGCCCCCCAGUCCGGUUUAACCAGCGUGUCGACCUCAGGUCAUUUGGCGCGCGCCGCGGGCGUGACCUCAGGUCGCCCGGCUCUCAGGGUGCGCUGCGGCGCUCACAUCCGACUCAGGGAUUCAGCCGUGCUAGCGAUGCUAGUUUAGAAGGAUCAAAUCCAGGUGGCCGGCGCCGCGCCGCGCGCCCGGCGAUGGUUUAACCGCGCUCCGCACGCUGCUUCGCGCGCUGGCAACACACCGGUCUGUUUCGGCUGUAAGCUAAGACUGUAUGCUGUAUGAUAUUCUCGCUUCACUCGCCCGCUCGUUGCCCGCUGCUUUUGCUAGAGGGUUGGCAAUUUUGCCGACUUCUCGCGAGCGUACUUCACAGCUCCUGCCUUCUACCCGCGAGGUGAUUUGGUUUUUAGACGCUUUUAUCCCCGGAGACAGCCUUAUAUGUAUUCUGUUUAAACUACUGGGAUGCUUAUUGUCCUGUCAGUGUGAUGCGGCACGCGUAUUUCAGGACCAUGCCAACAAUCACGAAUCACGGUGGCAAUUGGCGAAAUUCGGCCCGCGCUCACGGCUCUGUUUAUAGGUGUUGUAAUCAUUCUCUUAUCGUCUCAACUUUGCGUGCGUUUCAAAAAUAAAGUUCUUCUUUACC